AUGCAUGCAAAAGAGUUAGUCAUCCAAGAAGGAGAUGUUACCAUGGAUAUUUCUGGCGACUAUCCUAAAAUUGCUUUCUCUAAUCGUAUACAUGAUUUGAUUGAUCAAAACUUGAAACAGGUUAUUAUCACUAGACUGUUGGGAAAGAAGAUAGGUUACAAAGCGUUGAUGAGCAUGAUCUAUGCUUUAUGGAAACCUAUAGGAAACUUCAAUUUGAUUGAUCUUGAUAAUGACUAUUUUCUUGUGAAAUUUGAAAAUCUUGAGGAUUACUCAAGAGUUCUUACAGAUGUACCAUGGAUGAUUUAUGGAAGUUACCUAACAGUUCAACCAUGGUCAAGAAACUUCACUACCUCUGAAAAGCACCCAUCUCAGGUUAUUGCUUGGAUACGCAUACCUGGUUUACCCUACAGGUAUUAUAAUACUAUUCUUAUUAGAACGAUUGCAAACAUGAUUGGAAGAGUCAUCAAAAUAGACUACAAUACCAAAGUUGGAGAAAUAAGAAAAUUUACGAGAAUUGUAGUUGUUAUUGACCUUAACAAACCUCUGAUUCUAUGCGUGGGAAUAGAUGACUUUAUCCAAAACAUUGAAUAUGAAGGUCUGCAACAAAUUUGCUUCAAAUGUGGAACCUACGGGCAUGCUAGAGAAACCUGCCAAAUAAACCAGGAAGAGAAAUAA